CUGCCACGGGCGCCGCCCACGGCCCACGGACCACCUCAAUCUCACAAUCUCCUCUCCAUGAACCGUUGCCUUCUUCCCUGCCUCGCCUUGCCUUGCCUCGCCCUGCCUUGCAUUGCCCUGCCAAUCUUGGUUUACCUUCCACCCUGAAAUAGGUAGUCAAGGUCGACGCCUGCAUUGGCUUGCAUUACCUUAUCCUGCCAUGCAUCGUCUCCCACGAUUCUCUUCCUGACCACUUCCGACCCGGGCUCCAACACUUCUGACCCUCCUUUUCCCUUGGUCGAUAAACAACCACCAUCGCGACUCCGACUCCGACUCCACUUGACGUGACCAACCCCGUCUAUCCUUCGCCUUCCUCUCUCUUUCUCUCUGUCCUCGCCCAACCCGAGUUCCAUUCGCAUCCGACAAGGUUUGCUUCCGAGUCGCGCAUUUCGGCUCCCAGCCUCUCCGGUCUUUUGAUCGCCCAGCCAAACGCCAGGCUUUGCAGGACUCGGCCGAAUUAAUCCCACCAAGGCAAUUUGGGUUUGUCGCGCAAGGUGUCAACGGCACCUUCGAGGCGGCUUGGUCUGCCAGUUGCUGCAUCUGGCUUCCGGACGUUGACUCUGGGAUCGACAGGCCAGCCGGAGCCGAAUUGGUUCAGCCUGUGUGUAUUUGUGUUCGCGUCUGGCGUCUAUCGUGUGCGGUUGUUAUGGCGUUGCGCAAGAGUCCGGUUCUUUGAGCACCCGCAGACGUUCGUCUGCCCACCGAGGCCAUGACGAGCCAAGAGAUGGAACCUGAUCACGACCCUCCGCUGCUUCCGCUCCAAGGGCCCCGUAUCAUGCCCACCGCCAACAUCAAGUCGAGUCCGCGACAGCAAGCCCGGCGCCCCCCGCAGAGCGCCACCCAAAAGAAGGAUGUCGCGAGGGCACCCGUGUUCUUGCGACCAGCACCCCGAGAUGCGGCCAAAGCCAGGCGGCCUAUUCCGCCAAGGCGGGCUCCCGAUCCGGGCGCACCGGCUCUCCCCCCAAACAAGCCGCGGACGCGCACCAUGCCCACCCAGAAGGCGAUCCCACUUGUGCCGGUGACAGAGCGGAAGAGCCAGGAGGACAGGGCGGCCUCGCGGCGGCCAAGAAAAAACUCAGAUAACGAUAGAUGGGAUAUCACGCCAGAUGGCGGGUCGGCUGGGCGCGAGGGGAGGCAGUUCACCGUGGCGAAUGUCGGCAACAAUGGUCGUAUAUACUUGAGGCCCACCGUCCGACCGGCUCACCAGAGGCACCCGCAGCCUCCGUUCGUCUUCCCAAUGACCCCCCCACAAACCGCUGGCUUAGGUUCAGCGCCGCACGAGAACCAGAUGCGGGACAGCCUCCAUGAGAAUCGACCCCUAGGCUCCCAGUGGACACCAAGCCUGAUGCCUUCAACGCCGACUACGGAACUGCUGCGGUCUUACUUGGACGACAGGAAGACAAGUAUGGGUAUGCACCGACGGACCCAGUCUGACUCCACCAUUCACGAAUCGAGGUCAUCCGUGGCUCGAGAAUCUGAUCCAGGGGCUUUCAAGAUCGUCGUUACCCAGCCGGGCGAGGAACAGAGGCCGAAAACGCUGGAAGACUUGGACGCCGCUACCUCGCCGUUCCUCGAAAUUUCCAUUCCCUCAUGGAAGUUGGGCACUCCUCGGUUUUCAGUCAAAGGAACACCUUUUAUCCGUGGCUCUAGUUACGCUCCCACUGAAGACAUCCGGUCGAGCAACCAGUCCAUGAUGAGAAGGUCAGGCGGCAUCACACCACGCUUUGCUUCGUCGAUGGGUUCUAGGAGGCCCGGCUCUCUUGCUGGAGCCGCCUCCCGUCUGUCACUGCCACAGAGACCUGCCUGGCUGGGUUCUGGGCUUUCUCCACACGAGGCAUCUCGGGCAAAGUACAUGUCAUCGCAUGUUGUGAUCGAGCCUGCAAUGUUCGACUCUCUAACCUUCAAGCCGGCCUGCGAUAACCCGGUCAUUGUCAGGUACUCGUCUCUCACCGGAGCUGUGACUGCGGCAACUCCUCCGCGCCUCGUAGCGGAGAUCACUUCUCCCACGUUCCUCGACUAUGAACUCCUGUCCGACUUCUUCCUCACUUUUCGGGCAUACCUGUCGCCCAUGGAUCUGCUUAAAAUGCUCUUCUCACGGAUGCGAUGGGCUUUGAUGAGAGAUGGUGAGGUGGGAGUGGUAGUGCGUGUUCGAACCUUUGUGGCCCUCCGGCACUGGAUUCUGAACUACUUCGUGGACGACUUCGUCUGCGAGUACGAAAUGCGCACAGGUUUCUGCAAGCUGCUGAAUAGCUUGACAGAUGACGUGUCGCAGGACUCGAAAGGGCGCAGGGUACAGCUUAAGAUUCUGGCCGAGCUCAAAAAGUGUUGGAGACGCGUUUGUGCUCAAUUUUGGGAUGGACCUGAAUCCGAAGCUUCUUUACCACCUGAAGCGCCCAUCGUCCCAGGCGGCAUUCCUGGUCAUCGAAACCCCAGUCUGGACCCCGAAUUCUGGCAGAGAUAUCUGGACAAUGGCCCGCCAACACUGGACAAUAUCCUUGCGCCUCUAACGAGCAAUCCGCCGGAUUCAGAGACAAGCUUUUAUCGUGAUGUCGCAAGGGCUGGCGGCCAGGACAUUGACUACCAACAAGCUCAAAGACCUGCGACUCCCGAGAAUCAAAUCGACGGCAGGAAAACGACCGAGGAAGUGCAAGUCUCCCCGACCAGCAUAUCGAGCGGAGACAUCGUCUCGUGCUCAUUCCCGACUAGAACUCUCAAGUCCUCAAGCCCUGGUUCGAACCAUCAUCUGGGUGCACAUCCGGUUGACCCGAGCUCAAUCUACACCAUGGAGCCUAUCGCGACGACACCCCGUGCCUUGAUGGGAAAGCGGCUGCGACCCCAGCAAGCGCACAAACGCAACGGAAGUCUUUCCGACUCCCUGAGGGAACAUAACAACACAACACUCGAGCAGCUACUCCAGCAGAACACCGAAACACUACUUUCACUUCCAUACGCCGGCAGUCUUGUGAGAGGCAACGUCAUGCCUCCAGGCCAGGCCUUUGUUGAAAUUGUCUCACCGAGCUCAACAAACGGUGCAAGUCGACAGACGACAGUGUUUCAACCAUACCCAGAUGAUUCGGAGAUGGACAAAGCCGCGGCUUCUGCGAUGUCUGGGCAAGGAAUGCGAAAACUUAUCUGUGGUGUUCGUCGCGCGCUUAGUACGCGGGGCCAGGAUGUGUCGCCUACACAAGGCAACUUCAACAUCGCGCCCAUAGGUCCCCGAGGUGUCACCACAAAUAGACUGCCUGGGACUGCGAUAGUGCCACAGGCUCGGCCGAGGACUAAUAGUACGCGACCAGCCGUUCGGAUCGAUCUACUUGGAGCGGAGAUCGUAGAGGACUUUAAAAAGGUGAUCAGGGAGGACGCGGCAGCAGAAGCUGCUCUGCAGAGCUUCCACGGCUCUAUACCGUCCACGCCGACGACAGUCAGGGGUCCCGGAGAAGACAGCGGGUUCUCGGUACCGCAAAUGGAAGUAAUGCGGCAGGCCAAUCUGCAGGACGGCUCGCGUCCCUUCAGUGACGGCGGCGUGACCGCCGGGAGCAAAUCCAUCCUCAUCAUCGACGACACACUGCGUGUCCCAAAUGAGUUUCCCGCAAUGGCAGGCGCUCUGCCUGCUUUUACGCAGUCGGUAGAAGAUUUCGCAGACUCCUUCAUGCCACAGGGAGGAGCAGAUCCUACCCCACCUAGCACACCUCCUGGUCGGAUAACAGACACACCAAGAAGGUCUUCAUACUUGCUCAAUCAGCAUGUCCUCCGCUCGGUCAAGUCAACUGAUGCCUUGCCUCCUUUCGUUCCGGACCUGGACACUCUCGCUGGUGGGCACGCUCACAGGCCAUCUGAAGAUGAAGCCCGCCCUCCUCUGGAUGACAGAUUUUCUUCGUCUCAAUUCCUGCGGCAAUCAUUGAGUCGCCCACCAUUAAGUGGAGUGUACGGGCAUGGGCGCCACCGCUCGAGUCGCUCAUUGCGUUCGAACGGCACAAUGGGGCUCAGAAGAUAUGCUUCAUUCCAAAGUGGAAUGGGACUGCGAUCAACUGUUCGCAGCUUCGAUGCGACCACGUACUCUGACAGAGCGUCGAUAGAGCAAUCGUCCGUGCCACCGCCGUUGAGAGUCCUGCGAAGACGUCCUGGCGGAGACCUUAGAGCAGUCAACCGCGUUGGAGACCUGGACCAACAAGUGCUGCGUAAGUCGCGCUCAUUGGGGUCUCUUACGGCUUAUACGGACUCGCUGGGAACUUCGUUCCUCCAAAGCCCAGCUUUGGGCCGCGGCUCAAUGGGAUUGAUGGAUGCUGUCAACAGCGACUACUCUCAAAAUCGGGUAGAGGUCUUUUCUCUCGGCCUUCCAGCAGAGAGGCCAAAGCGUAGGAUCUCUUUGCUCAGCACAUCCUCCUCUAGGCCCAUCAUGAGACCUUCGUUCGAGGCUGAGGCACAGAAGCUCGCAAAUAUUCCAGACGACGAAGAUGACGGUGGCGUUGAGUCGGCACUGCUGAAGCUCGAGGGGAAAUACGAGAGGAGGCCGUUUAAGCUGUCCCUGGAUGGGACAAACACCGCUCUGAUCAACAUGACCGUCAGCCGCAAAACGCCGCCGCCAGAAGAGGGGCCCGAUUCCAAGGCAGAGAAACGGAAACAUCGCCAGGAGCACAUCGGGGAAGAAGGUGUCAUGUCUCCGGCACCACCUGCCGAGAGUUCCGCAGAGGCGUCGGACUCGGCAUCCCUGCGUGUUCCCGAACAGGGCCGGUCCCUGCGCGAUGAGGUUGGCUCGUUCUUGUCGGACGGCUCGGACGGCUCAUAUUUAUCAAUCCCUCUGCUACAACGCGAGAUCGCGGAUGAUAGCCACAGGAGCCCAGCGGAAUGGACAAACCAAUCAAUUCUCCAAGAUCCCGAAGAUGGCACCUCUGCCGAUGAACGAGAAGGAGGGGACAAAGAUCGCUCAUUUGAGUUUGUCAGGAAGUCUGAGAGCAUCGAGAAGAUCAAGCCAGGAGACACCAUGCCGACGCCCAGGCAACGUGACAAGACGAGAGACUCAUCUCAGUCUUUCCUUGAUAUUGACAGUACUGACGACGAGCUGUCGUCAGAGCUCUCAGACAACAUGGAGGAGGACGACGAGGAACUCGACGCAUUCCCGUCUCUGCGGCGUGGCGCCACCCUCACCAAGAUUCAAACCAACCACACGGCAAGAUCAUACAAGACCUUCGGGACGCAGACCAAGCGCACGGUUAGCGUAGCCUCACCGACCUCGGGCACUGUUCAGACUUUCGAGGUGUCGCCCGAGACUGCAGACGUCCCAGAAUUGCACAGUGCUCAGAUCUGGGGGCAAGAAAACGGGCGCAAGCCGUUGCCUCCCACACCAGACUACACGCCAACGUUCGAACAGGCAACGCAGUCUAUGAAAUUGGCGCCAGGUGCCACUGAGGCACCGCGCAACGCAGCUAACAUGGCUGAGCAAGAGAAGACCCGGGACUUUUCUGCGCACCUGCCGUUCAUCUUGGCGUUUGACUCGGAGAUACUUGCCCAGCAGUUCACGCUCAUUGAGAAGGACGCUCUUAACGAGAUCGACUGGAAGGAGCUUAUUGAGAUGCGGUGGAAGAAUGCCGAUAAUAAUGACUGUCGGUCAUGGGUCCAGUUCCUGCGCGACGCGGACGCUCGUGGCGUGGAAGUGGUGAUCGCUCGCUUCAACAUUGUUGUCAAAUGGGCCGUUUCUGAAAUUGUCCUGACGCAGAACAUGGAGGAGCGAGCUCGGUGCAUCAUCAAGUACAUCCACAUUGCUGCACACUGCAGGCGCUAUCGCAAUUUCGCCACGAUGAGCCAGAUCACCAUCGCGCUGACAAGUGGAGAGGUUGAGCGCCUGUCGCAGACAUGGAGGAUGGUGCCCCCCCACGACGUACACACCCUGCGGGAGCUCGAGGCUCUGAUCUCGCCUACCCGGAAUUUUUUCGCUCUGCGCUCAGAGAUGGAAGGUGGAGGUCUGACCACCCACGACAUGGGUUGCAUCCCUUUUGUGGGCAUUUAUACCCACGAUCUCAUCUUCAACGCACAACGGCCAAGCGAGAUCGCCAGCAGUCCAACGACGGCCCCCCUGGUGAACUUCGAGAGAUGCCGGAUUGCUGCUGGCGUGGUCAAGACCUUGCUUAGGCUGCUGGAGGCAAGCACGACAUACAACUUCCAACCGAUCGAGGGCAUCACCGAGCGCUGUCUCUGGAUGAGUGCUCUGUCAGAUGAUGAGAUCCGACGAUACUCUCAGCGAUUGCAAUGACGAGCAAACACACAAACUGCACACCGCGACCGAACUCUCGAAACCGGCGGCUUUUUUACUGAAGCGUGUGGAAUGGAGUUUUAACACGAUACCCCCUGUAUAUUCUCUUCCUACCAACGACCGCACAUGUUGCUUUUGACGGCACGAAAAGACGCAACCUUAAAUUAGAUGCCGGCCUUGACACGCCACCCGAAACGAAACCGCACUUACAGUUGACUGUAAAUGAUCAACUUUCCCCGCUUCAUAUUGGCCAAUAUUGGUCUUUUCAUAGUGCAAACUAUCAUAUACCCACUUAGAUGAGGUCUCGGAGCAUCGGGUAAUUCUUAAUUCCCUUUGAAGUCACGACUCUCGUGUGUUCUGCUACGAGAUUGCACCACCAGCACCAGCAAUAGUGGCCACGCGGAAGAGCAGCGAGCAAAGCCAGCAUUGCUUUUUGAUUUAACUUAUGUUUCUGAUCGCGACGAUCUGAUAAUUCUUGGAUUGAGGAAUAGAGCCGAUGGUUGGAACGGCGGGAAUCUACCAGCACGCCGCUCGAGAGGCGUCCUAGCCUCUGUUUGGUGGGACGGACCGGUACCCACUGGAGAGCGUUGCACGCUCCCUUCACUGGGGCCUGCUGGGGAAGGAGAUGCAGUGGUGUUGUUUCAAGACGCAUAAUCGUGUAUGUCAUUUACAAGGCUCUGACACUGGUCGAAGCCGAGGUCUUUGUUUCCUUAUUCUGUUUUCCGUUUUUCAGUUUUUUCAUCCCUCCGGCAUGACGAUUUUGUGAGGUUGCGAAGGGAAGAGCGGCUCGGUUCAUUCAUAUACCCCCUUGUUUUCAUUUUCUAUUUCGAUAAACGGGCGGAGUUGGAGCUGCGUCGUCCGGGAUGGAGGGGCGACGCAAGACGAUGGGGAAGUGGGACCUGGGAGACGGACGGCCAGCAAAGCAGGCGGGCUCUUUUGAAAGAAGUUCCCCGCCGUCUUACGAGAGACGAUGCGGCUGAACCUGACGAAUACAUGAUCACGCUCUGGGCUCAAUGCCAGGCUAAAAAACCCGAUACUACCUACCCUUUCGCGGUCUGAAAUCAUGUGCAAUCCCGAAAUUGUGAAUGGGGACGGCUGACAUUCCUGGUACCUGGUGCUGCGUCAUCGUACAUAUUCCCAUACUGGGCAUGGGAUUUUAAC